ACGGCUGCUGUUCAUUCAUUGAAAGCUGUCAAUGGGACUGUGGAGGCUGAUAAACACUGAAAACUGAAGUGAAAUUAUGCAUUUAAGUCAUAUUCAGGAUUUAUGCAACAUAUAUUUGUUUUGGCUGCACUCUGUGACUGUUUUCCGCCGCUGAGAGGAAGAAAAUAAGGAUGAAAAUGUGUGACAGUGACACAAGUGCUCCAACCAUCCGUAUCGUCCCUCUCCACGAGCGCUGGGACCUGUUGGAAGCUUGCGCGGAGCUCCUGAACACACAGUGGCAGCGCAGCAUGGGAGCAAGGCUGCACAGCCUCCGCCAGUCGAGUAACAACUACCCUGUGAAUCUCCUCCUGCUAGAGGACGAGAAGCUGAUUGGUCAAGCCCGCGUGUCGCGAGUGCUGGGCAGCAGGAGUCUGUUUGUGGAGUCUGUGGUGGUACAACCACAGUUGAGGGGGAAGGGGUACGGGCGGGCUCUGAUGGAGGGUGUAGAACGUUACGCUCAAGGCAGGGGCUGCACCCGCCUCUGCCUCACCACCCAUGACAAGCAGCACUUCUAUGCCCACAUGGGCUUCGUCCCGUCUCGGCCCGUCCAAAACGUGGGCACACUUGCCUCCUUAAUGCCCGUGGAGCUACUGCACAAGUUCUGCAGGACACCCGAGAACGAGGGAGCUGGACAGAGGGAGAAAAAAAGGAGAGAUGAGGCUGGCACAACACCUAAAGUUCCUCCUCCACCUCCUGCCCCUCCUCUUCCACCUCCUCCUCCACUCGUCCCACCUCUUCUGUCAAAAUCUCCCUCGUUUCCUGCCUCAAGUCCCCACCUGUCCUCUUCUCUUUCUCCUUCCCUUUUUUCACCUCCUCCACCUCCUCUCUCUUGUCCUCUCCCUCUCUCCUCUCCUCCUUCUGUUUCCCCACCUGUUCUGCCUCCUGCUCCUCCUCCCCCCACCUCCUCAUGGACCCCCGUUGAUCAGACGUUGGAGCAGACACCAUACACGGAUAUCCGAGGACUGCCCGUCUUCUGGAUGCACAAGGACAUCUGAUACGGUCAUUACCCCAGCCCAAAGAUUAAACGUCUCUCAAGUUUUGAACUCUUUCAUGUCUCAGGGUAUUUUUUCAUAGGAGCCAAAAUGGACUUCUUUAAUUUAUCUGUACAGAUUCAAUCAGAACACUGAAACAACCUGAAUGUGCCUUAAAAACAAACAAAAAAUAUUUUCAGAUAUUUUAUUCAAACACUUUGGAUUUACUGUAAUCAUGUUGACUCUGAAUCACAUAUCACUGCGGCUGUUUGCC